UUCACGUUCAAGUCACGUAUUAGUACACACACCACCCCAAACUGCCGGUGGACGAAUCGAAGUUCACAUUUUGACCCGCUUUCGCCGUUUUCGCCCACAGCAAAUGCAAUACACAAAUGUUCCGGCUCAGAAAUCAGAUUCCCAUGUCAAGCUUCUGAAAAAGGAGAUUGAAAGGGAGUUCAGUGAGCAAUGCAACACUUCGCUGCAAAUAUGGCGCAUGUUCAACAACAAAAAUACACUCUUGCCUAACAACAAGCGCAUUCUGAACCUGUCCUGGAGACUCAACAGUAUCGAGAACGUUAAGCGUCGGAGGAAUUCCGACUCAACCAGCAAAAUCACCAAGACCUCUGUGGUCCGCAACACUCACAAAUAUUCAGACUCGCAAUCGAGCAACAAUUUAUCCCUGACAAAGCCGCAUUUGCCGGAAUCGUUACUGAGUGCCGAGACGCCUGAAAACCCGGAAUUCGACUACAUCGAGCACAUUCGCAGAAUUUCAAAAGAGGAGUACGGGGUCAACCCCGACGUCCGCUCUGCCACUGAACCGUUCCGUUCAUCGAUAUCCUCGACGGAACACGAACCAACAUUCUCCAUAACCGACCCGAUUACAAUAGAUUCCAAAGAUCGCAUGGACAUUAACGACUACUUUUCACCAGAGACCAGCCAUUCACUGUCUUCUAAUACUAAUUCAAUAUUUUCGACCGCUGCCGCUCAGCCGUUCCAGUUCUCGCAGACGCACCAUAGCCAGUCUGGCGUGACUCUUCCGCAGACGUCUUCCCAAGGAAGGCAAAAUGACGACUUCAACGUGGACCAUUUCUUGAAAUUCGACGACAACAUGUCCGAGAUGAUGGAGAUGACCAAUUUCGCGCAGUCUGACAAGGAAAAGCCUUUGAGUUCUAUCAAAGAGGAGAAGACCUCGUCGGACUACAGCUUGGCCAAUUACAUCAACACUCUGGAAGUUUCAUUAGAUCGUCGCGACAGACCAGUUUACGACAAAUUGUCGCCUACGUUGACGACGGCAAGCACGAGGUCUGUGCCUACGGUGACGCCGGCCUCUGCAAAGAGCUCUCAGCAACCGAUUUGCGAAAACUGUUUCACGUCUACGACUCCUUUGUGGCGUAAAACGUCGGACAACAGGCUUUUGUGUAACGCCUGCGGCCUCUUUUUCAAGUUGCACGGUGUCAUUCGUCCUCUCAACAAUACCGCGUCUGGACCGAAAGCCACCGAGCGCAACAAGCGUAAGCGUGCCGCAGUGGAACUGGGAGAGCACAACUCAACGGUAAAAGUUGCUCCCCAGCCGAUCCGCACAGACAGUUUCAAGUCGGAUAAUAUGCAAAUGGGCGAGACAUUUGCCGGGGACUGGGAAUGGCUCAAGUUCAAUGUUUAGAUGGAGAGAUUGACGUUGAAGUUGCCGACGCCGGACCGCGACUGUUUGCGAGCGGAACCAACGUCGGGAGACUUCCAAAAGGAGAAGAGUGAGAGCCACAGAGAGCUCCAGGACCACAUGUUACUAAUAAGCUCGCCGCUAUUUUCUUCAUUGGUGAGUUCCUGGAUGACUCUGUUGGAGAGUCUGUUAGAAAGCUUCAUUCGCGAAGUUGGCUUCUUGGUCCAUCUGGACUUGCGGAUCUUUGUUUUGUGGUUAGGUUUGGUGGUGUUGUGUCGCAAAUUGAGAAAAGCUGAGGAGUCCGAGACAUAGCCUGUGGAUAGCAAAUUGAUGAUAGAUCGCCAGAUUCUUUUCGCUGUUCUGUACCUCGAGUAUCGAGGUGGGGGCAUCGACCGCAUCUGACGAUAGCUAGAUCAAAUAGUAAAAUCUUGUGCGCUUAUUACAGAGCACAGCCCGGAGAAACGAAUAUCGAGAAAAAAAUAUUUAUAAUGGAUUGACGUGUUAUAGAAAUACAGAAAAUGCG